CCGGGGAAGCAUCCCACUCUGAGGAUGUGCAGGAGCCUUUUCCUCCUUCGGAAGACAUGUUGACAAGCGACAUGUUAGCGGACACCGAAGCCACUGCUGGGGCCAGCUCUCCACUCUUUUCGUUCUAACGUCCAAGGCGGAGAACGUGUCACCUUUACCUCGUCCAGGUCAGCGAGAAGGCCACCAGCAUGCCCGUUCAAGAACCUGACAGCAUCUUAAGCUACCAGCGGCCAGAUGAGGAGGUGGUGAUAGACCAGGGUGGGACCAGCUCAGUGCUCAACAUUCACUAUGAGAAGGAAGAACUUGAAGGCCACAGAACUCUCUUCGUGGGUGUUCGGAUGCCCCGGCAGAGCCAUCGACACCACAAGGCUCACGGCUCUCGGCAUCGGAAGAAAGACAAGAGGGCAGGGAGCGUUACAGGACAACAAAGCAUCGAAAAUGAGAAAAAGCCCUGCCAUGACACGCCGUCCCAGCGGGUCCAGUUCAUUCUGGGAACUGAGGAAGACGCUGAGCACGUGGCUCACGAGUUGUUCACCGAGCUAGAUGAGAUCUGUGUGAAAGAUGGCAAAGAUGCUGAGUGGAAAGAAACCGCCAGGUGGCUAAAGUUUGAGGAAGAUGUGGAGGAUGGAGGUGAGAGGUGGAGUAAGCCAUACGUGGCUACGCUCUCGCUCCACAGUCUCUUUGAGUUGAGGAGUUGCAUCAUCAACGGCAGCGUAUUGCUCGACAUGCACGCCGACUGCAUCGAGGAGAUUGCAGACAUGGUCCUGGACCAUCAGGAGGCCUCUCACGAGCUGGAUGACAGUGUGAGGGUUAAAGUGCGGGAGGCCUUGCUCAAGAGGCACCACCACCAGAAUGAGAAGAAGAAGAACCUCAUGCCCAUCGUACGCUCCAUCGCAGAGGGGACUCGCAAACAGUCUGAGCCUCAUCUGACAGCUGGGUCAGCCACAUCUCCCCAGCCUGCAACCCCUGCAGAGCCAGCUAAAAACGGCGCUGGACAGGACGGGCAUCAAGUGGACCUCAGCAAGGUGGACCUUCACUUCAUGAAGAAAAUCCCAGAGGGAGCAGAGGCCUCCAAUGUGCUGGUCGGUGAGCUGGACUUCCUGGAGAGGCCCAUCGUGGCCUUUGUACGUCUCUCCCCCGCUGUGCUGCUCACUGGCCUCACUGAGGUCCCCAUACCUACCAGGUUCCUCUUCAUUCUCCUGGGCCCAGAUGGAAAAGCUCAGCAAUACCAUGAGAUCGGGCGCUCUAUGGCAACCAUUAUGACGGAUGAGAUCUUCCACGGUGUAGCCUACAAGGCAAAGGACAGAAGUGACCUACUGGCCGGUAUAGACGAGUUCCUGGACCAGGUGACUGUCCUGCCCCCAGGAGAAUGGGACCCUUCUAUCCGCAUUGAGCCACCCAAAAAUGUUCCAUCUCAGGAGAAGAGGAAGAUGCCUGGUGUUCCUAAUGGCACCGCCUACCAAGUAGAGGAAGAGCUCCACGCGGAGCACCAUGGACCGGAGCUGCAAAGAACUGGAAGGUUGUUUGGCGGUCUGAUUAUGGACAUGAAAAGGAAGGCUCCCUUCUAUCUGAGUGAUUAUAAGGAUGGUCUGAGCCUGCAGUGUGUGGCCUCAUUUCUCUUCCUCUACUGUGCCUGCAUGUCCCCCGUCAUCACCUUUGGGGGGCUUCUUGGAGAGGCGACCGAGGGACGCAUUAGCGCCAUCGAGUCCCUACUUGGUGCAUCCAUGACUGGAGUGGCUUACUCACUGUUUGCUGGCCAGCCUCUCACCAUUCUGGGCAGCACAGGUCCUGUGUUGGUCUUUGAGAAAAUCCUCUUCAAGUUCUGCAAGGACUACCACCUCUCCUACUUGUCUCUAAGGGCCUGCAUUGGCCUGUGGACGGCACUUUUGUGUCUGUUGCUCGUUGCCACAGACGCCAGCUCUCUGGUGUGUUACAUUACUCGCUUCACAGAGGAGGCCUUCGCCGCCCUCAUCUGCAUCAUCUUCAUCUACGAGGCCUUGGAGAAGCUCUGCCACCUGGGAGAAAUCUACCCCUUCAACGCACAUAGCGAUCUGGACAAGCUGACGCUGGCAUACUGCCGGUGUACAGAGCCUGACAGUCCGAGCAAUAAAACUUUAGCGCUGUGGAGCGAGAGAAACAUCACAGCUGCUUCUGUUCCUUGGGCCAAUCUCACUGUCAAGGAAUGUGUGAGUCUCCACGGUCACUUUGUUGGGACGUCGUGCGGCCAUCAUGGCCCCUACACCCCAGAUGUCCUCUUCUGGUCCGUCAUCUUGUUCUUUUCCACUUUCUUCAUGUCAGCGUUCCUCAAACAGUUCAAAACGAGUCGUUACUUCCCCACCAAGGUGCGGUCCAUGAUCAGUGACUUUGCCGUCUUCCUCACCAUUGUCCUCAUGGUAUUGCUCGACUACCUCAUAGGAGUACCCUCCCAGAAGUUAAAAGUGCCCAGCAAAUUCCAGCCCACCAGAGAUGACAGAGGGUGGUUGAUCAACCCAAUAGGGCGCAACCCCUGGUGGACGGUCCUGGCGGCCUCUAUCCCGGCUCUGCUCUGCACCAUCCUCAUCUUCAUGGACCAACAGAUAACCGCCGUCAUCAUCAACCGGAAAGAGCACAAACUGCUGAAAGGUUGCGGGUACCACUUGGAUCUCCUGAUGGUGGGCUUGAUGCUGGCCGUGUGCUCCAUCAUGGGUUUGCCGUGGUUCGUGGCCGCAACCGUCUUGUCCAUCACUCACGUGAACAGUUUGAAGCUGGAGUCCGAGAGUUCAGCUCCAGGAGAGCAGCCUCGCUUUCUGGGCAUCAGAGAGCAGAGGCUCACCGGCCUGGUCAUCUUCUUGCUCAUGGGAUGCUCUGUAUUCAUGACGGGGGCCCUUCAGUUCAUUCCAAUGCCAGUGCUAUAUGGUGUCUUCCUCUACAUGGGAGCUUCAUCCUUAAAGGGCAUCCAGUUCUUUGACCGUCUGAAGUUGUUCGCGAUGCCGGCCAAGCACCAGCCGGACUUCAUCUAUCUGCGUCACGUGCCGCUCCGGAAGGUUCACCUGUUCACGCUCACCCAACUGACCUGCCUCGUGCUUCUCUGGGUCAUCAAGACGUCCCCCGCUGCCAUCGUCUUCCCCAUGAUGGUGCUGGCGCUGGUAUUCAUCCGCAAACUUUUGGACUUGUGUUUCUCCAAUCGGGAGCUCAGCUACCUCGAUGAUCUGAUGCCGGAAUGGAAGAAAAAAAAUCUUGAUGAUGCUUCCAAAAAGAUUGAGGAGGAGUCGCAAGUCAUGCUCACUACAAACGCUGAAGACGUUCCAAUUGUGCACAUUCCCCUGGAGAGCAGUCAAACUGCGCAUACUGCAAAAGCCCACGAUCCCAGGAUUGAAGAGAUGGCUUUCAUUGACGAGUAAAAAAUUGCUUACAGUGCAGGCAACUGUGCCAGAAAACUGUCCACCUGGACCCCAGGAUGUGAUUUGGCUGUUUGGGUCCUUCGCGCCAUCUGAGGGAUUUGGGAAACGUUUCUGUAAUUGCAACCAGCUCCACAAAACGCUUUGGACUGCAGGCCAGCAACAUGUGCACACACACACUGACCCACACGCACACGUUCAAAUUCAGCCGUGCGGAUAGGAUUACCAUAGUUGUACAGGAACGUGUUCGCGAGAAGGUUCCGAGUGGGACCGAGGCUUCCCACUAACCAUUAACAUGAAAGUCAAUGGGAAUCCUCAAUUGCACAACUUUAUAACUGGAUUUCCAUAAACCUGAGCCGUAUUGAUUCAAAUCACUUCUCUUUGAAAUGAGGUAUGACAGGUUCAAGUUGAUUAGUGUAAGGUUGAAUCUCCUUCAAUGGGGAGAGCGAAACAAUGAGAGGAUUCAGUAGAGGGCAGACGUGCACCAGGAUCAAACAAUUCCAUUGCGGAGCCCGGAUUUUGUCAUUCGGAUUCAUGAUUUAUUGAUUGACAAUUGAAAAAACAAAGGUUUUUUUUUUUAAAGCGGGAGGGCCAUUUCGUCAUUUGUCUGCACUUUUACGUGGCUAUAAAAUAUAAGUGGGUCUUUCUUGGCCCUUGUGUCACAUCUAACUCAGUUUCAGGGAGAUCGGUAGUUUUAGCCUGAUCCUGCUAACCUGGCAAAUGAACAGUGAGGAAAACCACAAACAAUGACCAAUAUAAACUGCACUAAACGAUUUAGCACUUCACUUUAUGCAUUCAAAUAUUAAUUUGAAUCUCGUGUCAAUAUUAUUCAAUUUUAUUUUGAUGUACCUUUUAUGUCAUUUGUAAAAUGUAAAUACAAAGUGUGUUUGUAUCCAAACGGUUCGCUUUUCAAUUGAACUUUUUAAUCACGCGCGUUGUCGUCGUUGAAGGGUCGAAUGCAGUUUGGGAGAAAAAGUUGGGUCAAAAAACAGAAGAUUUAAGUAUACACAACUGAAAUGAAUUAAAUUUUGACAAACAUUGAGCACAGCAAUACAUUCGCACGUUGUCUCGUGUAUGAAUGGAUUCUCAAAGAGCGUACAUCAGUCCAGCCGGAGUCCGAUCAUGCGACACGGCCACGCGCAACAAAAUGAAAUGAUGUAUUUUGCCAUUCUGUAAUUUCAAAGCUGUGAGGGUCAGAGGAUUCCAGUUAAGAUUUAUUGUUUGACUAAAAAUUGUAAAAAAUAAAAGCAUCAUUACUGUGCAUCUUAACCCUCGGUGGCCCAAACCACUGGUCAAUUUAAUUAAUCACGCACUGUAUGUGCAUUUCAUUCCCUGAAUUCAGUGCACAGCGCUACUUACUUAAUGACCUCGUGUCGGUUUUAUGUUGUAUUACAGUGGCUGACGGCCAAUAUGUUGCAAAUUCAGGAAUAACAAAACACAAAAAGCACACAAGCACAUGAAAUCAAACCAUAAGAAAAAUGCUGCAAGAUAAAAAUGCUCCAAUUACCAAAAAAAAAAACGCAAAUCCCAAAUCAACUGCAAGACAUUCACGCUCCACAGAGGGUGCCAUUCAUGGACACUAGAUAGCCAGCUGGCUAACGGAAUGGGGUGGCCAUGUUGAGGAGGUGGUGCGGUCUUCAUUCCCGUAGCAACGCAUGGACUAAAGUUAGUCGGAACCUGCUCAUUCUGGAACUGAUUUUCACGUGGGUUGCUGUUUUGUCAAUAUCAAUGCGGAUGUUAACAAUACACCCAAAAAAUGGAGAUAUGAAAUGGACUUCCUGUUCCCUGGCGGUAAUUGUACGGCAUUCAACCGUGUGCAGCACAAUGUGGCGGUGUGACGGUCUGAGCGCUCCCGGUGCUGAAAAGUCUCCUUGUGAUUAACGCGCAUGCGCGUAUAUCUUGUUUUCUGGCCAGUCUGAAACAUCUCCAUCCACGCUUCAACAUGUGCCAUUCGACAACUUGUCGCCGAGUGUUCAUGUUCGCUAUGGAUGUCUCAGAAAGACGAACACCACAGCGAACAUACAAUAUGUGUAUAUCUUUUCAUCAACUUUUGUUUUAAGUUUAGGGUUAAGGUUAGGUUAUCACGUAUGUUAGCUCCCUCAAUGUCGAAGAAGGGGAACUAUGUGACCAGGGGAUUUCCCAGUAAGGUCACCUUCGUACCCAGAGUUCCCCUGUUAGUAAUACAUGCGCAUUCAUCACAAGGAGACUUUUCAGCACGGGGGAGCGCUCGGACCCUCUCACCGGCAUCCCAAGACUUUUGGUUUUCCCUCCAUCCCCACACAUGGAAUGAGGUGAACACUUUGACCUCCUUGGUUUAGCUUCACCAGCGUCGCAGAGCUCCUAAGGGGGGUGUCGUAUGUACCUGUACAGUACAUACAGUACCUGUCUCACAGGUCUUUUCCAUCCUGGAGCAGCCUGGCGGAGUUUGCGGGGUGCGUGGGAUCGAUUCCCACUCAGUGAUGGUUGUCGGUAUCUGCUCUGUGACUGACUGGCGACCAGUUCAGGGUGUUGUCCGCCUUUCGCCCGAAGCUAGCUGGGAUAGGCUCCAGCUUUCCCGCAACCCUUGUGAGGAUAAGCGGCUUUGAUAAUGACAUGACAUUUCUUCUGUAUUUUUUUUUCUGCAAUUUUGGUAUUAUUUUUAGUCUUGCAGCGUUUGAUUUUAUGUGCUUGUGUGUUUUUCCUCUUGCGUCAUUCGUGCUAUAAAGCAUAUGGGUAUGAAGUGUAUUUGCGGCACAAUAGCCACCGUAUGAAAUAAGCUUUUAAAUAUAAAUGUAAAUAUGAGAGGAUCUACGUAUAUAAGUGGAAACAGCCAAAAGUAUAGUUUCUUAUUUCUUUACCUCAGACAAAGUUGUUAAAACUCCUGCAAGGCACUUUGGGUGGUCGAUGAGUUGGAGGCUUUGGGUUAUAGAGCCGUCAUUUUCGAACAUUAUUUAAGCAAUAAUAUACCCAAAGUCUAUUUCAAUUGAACUUUAAGGAUCUUAGUUACUAAUACAUUUUCGUUAAUCAGGGAUCCUUUGUGUAUUGUAAACCUUGCUGAUAAAUAAAUACACUGAAAUAACAUCACAUUUGGACAGUGGCACAUUUUCAUCUAUCAGCCACAUACAGAUCUUCAUCUAAGGAUCAGUUCCUACUCGAUCCACACUCAGACUACAUUUGUAGUAGCACUAAUUGUAGAUAAGUAUAUUCAUGAAGUUUGUUUUGGUUUCAACAGAUCUAUUAAAGAAAAUAUUGUAAUGAGUACAACAAUCGUUUAUUUUCGCUUGUGAUAUUCCAACCUGUUUUAUUUUUGACUUUCUGUAUAUAGUGUAAGAAGGUUGGCGGCUUAAUAGAAAAGCUGACAACAGGCAUUUCUUUGCCUCUAAAUGACCUUGAGUUUAUGAAACUAGAAGAGUAAUGUGAAAGUGGUAUAAGUUAUGUAUCUUAGAAUCUGCCAUUUAUUUGCCAGUAAGUAGGAAACACGAUUGUUUUGUAGUCUUUUGCGCUGUAUAAUUAAUUCCAGUGCAUAGGCACAUUAAUCUUUCACUGUAUCAUGUUGUCAUAUUAUAACACCUUCUUGGUCUGUAUGAUAUUUUUGUCUACUCGUGUCCUGUACCUUCAAAUAUAUAUGUAAAACAUAUGAAUGUUAAUACUCUGUAUGUAUAUGAGGACCAAUAUUUAGGCUGAUCGAUGGCAUGAUAUAAUCACACUAAGGUACAGUACAUAUACCGAGCCACGAGCGAGUUGAAAUUGAAUGACAAAAUAUAUUUGUAUAGAUCUAAAUAUUUUAGAAACUAUCAUACACCAAGCCAAACUAUUGUGAUGUAUAUUUCUUUUACUCAUGUGUCUUGAUUUGACAACAUCAUCUAUGUGUGAAUGUAUGGCUGAUACGCAGCAGAAUGUUGUCAAAUGUCGGAGUAUACACUGGUAGAACAACCACCACCUGCUGUAUGUACCAUUAUUGAUUGUUUUUACAACAUCACACAACCAUGUGACGAUUAACCGGAGUGUUCUUUUUUUUCCUGCGUACACACAAAGUUUUCCAGUAGAGCACAGGACCUGCUCGGGAUCAUGUAUAGUGAGUGUCGUGAAACUGUGCACUGUGACCCCCCCCCCGGAUUAACAUGUGACCCAGCUUUAAGGUCAAGGGAAGGUCGAGUUAGGUUUUUGGGGAGAGGGGCCGACUGUACUGAAGUUGACACAGAGCCAUAAAGAGUCAGAGCUCGCUCUGCUUAAAAACACUUUUAAAAAAAAAAAAGAAUGUCUCAAACUCAAUUGUACAUGUUUUAUAUGUACGUAUCUGUAAUGUCGUUUUGGGGAUUAUGUCAGAAGAAAAAUAAA